UUCUCCUCGAGCGCUGUGUACAGAGAAGUCGGCCGAUUCGGCCGUGGGCGGUCCUGGUCUUGUGCUCAAAUCACGUAAAGCGACUCGCCUUCAUGAAGUCCCGCCGAAAUGUCUAAUGUCAAUCCCCAACUGGAGGAAGAAUUGCGCAAGCUCGACGAGGAGCUGGAAGAAGGGGACAUAACCAGGAAAGGCUAUGAGAAACGCCGCACGCUCAUACUUUCGCAGUACAUCAGCCCUCAGCAGUCCCCGCAGCCGCAGUCGCGACUUCGAGUACACUCCCCUGAUGACACUGAUCAUCCGGCAUCCAGCGAUGCCUCCCGGGCAGCCUCACUCGCCGCUCUCACGGGCAGGUCUGCGAGCAACCACUCGGGGAAUGGAACAAUGACAGAGGGCUAUCCGAGCAUGGCUCGACCGGUCUCAAUUGUAAGGGAGGAAUACAGUAAUGAUCCUCGAAGAAGUUCGACACCACAAAGUCUGGUCCAGAGAUUUCAAGAGCGGGAAGGAGCAGGAGGAGGCAGGACAAUGUCAGGAUCGUCGUACGACAAUCGCAAUGAGACCUUUCAGACUGCGAAUGAGGCCUCUCGUACUCAGACACUCAUGAGCCAGAACUACGCCUUUAAUCCCGACACCCAGCCUAAUUACGCUGGCGCAGACACCAGAAACUCUACCAUGCUGGAGCAGGGGUAUUUCUCGGACUUUGCUGGCCAACAAAGAGAAGACCAACAAGAAACCUAUGGUGGCAACGUCCACCGCUAUUCCUCGGGCGAGGUAACUUCCCCAACUGCGCAGAUUCCACCACCUUUCUUGGGUGCUGGAGAGCUGCCGGGAGGUGCAGCGAUACAUCAGAUGCCCCUUGAGCCUCGAGAAGUUCCUUUCGCCAUUUGCGACCCCCAUGACUCCCACAUUGAAAUGUCCAGUUUCGAAAACAUUGCAGCUGUGCUGCGGCAUCGAGCAAAGACGAAUCCCAAGCAGGCCGCAUAUUGGGUGCUGGAUCAGAAGGGCAAAGAGCUUGUGUCAAUAACAUGGGACAAGCUCUGUAGUCGUGCGGAAAAGGUGGCCCAGGUCAUCCGGGAUAAGAGUAGCCUGUACAAGGGCGAUCGUGUGGCAUUGAUCUACACCGAGAAUGAGAUCAUUGAGUUUGCCGUGGCACUCCUGGGCUGCUUCAUUGCGGGUGUCGUCGCGGUGCCGAUCAACGACUUGAAGAACUACACUCGUUUGAACGUUGUGUUGACCUCUACACAAGCCCAUCUCGCAUUGACGACGGAGGCCAAUCUGAAGAACUUUCAGCGGGACAUCACUGCUGCUAAACUCAGUUGGCCUCGUGGUGUUGAGUGGUGGAAGACGAAUGAAUUUGGAAGCUAUCACCCAAAGAGAAAGGGCGAAGAGCCUCCUCUCGUAGUGCCUGAUCUAGCAUACAUCGAGUUCUCUACAGCCCCAACUGGCGAUUUGCGGGGAGUUGUCAUGAGCCACAAAACGAUCAUGCAUCAGAUGGCGACACUGAGUGCGAUGAUCACAUCCGCGACGAGCAAUACAAGAGCUGAUACCUUCAAUCCUUCUCUACGGGACAAACAAGGCCAUCUGAUCACAGGUUCGAGACAUGGAGAGACCAUCCUUAGCUAUUUGGAUCCGAGGCAAAGCAUCGGCAUGAUUCUGGGCAUCUUGUUGAACGUCUAUGGCGGUCAUACAGGGGUCUACAUUGAUCAGCGUGCGAUCGAGACAGCUGGUCUUUACGCGAAUCUGAUCUCCAAGUACAAGACAACCCUUCUGGUGGCGGAUUAUCCUGGCCUGAAACGUGUGGUAUAUAACUACCAAGCAGAUCCGAUGACGACGAGAAACUUCAAAAAAGGGACUGAGCCCAACUUCAGCAGCGUCAAGCUAUGCAUGAUCGAUACAUUGACUGUGGACGCCGAAUUCCAUGAGUUGCUUGCAGACCGCUGGCUCAAGCCGCUCCGCAACCCCCGGGCCCGCGAAAUCGUCGCGCCGAUGUUGUGUUUGCCCGAACAUGGGGGCAUGGUGAUCAGCAUGCGCGAUUGGCUUGGUGGAGAGGAAAGAAUGGGCUGUUCAUUGACCCAUGAGAUGGACCAUGACCACGAAGUCGAACAGAAGAAAGAAGACGAAACUUCUAACAACAAGUCCGCCUUUGGUAGCAGUUUGCUCGGAGGUGGCAGCAAGCCAAAACCACCCAAAGAACGCUCGACAGAAGAUCUUGGUGAAGUACUGCUGGACAAAGAGGCUCUGAAGACUAAUGAUAUCGUUGUCCUAGCUAUGGGUUCUGAGGCGCGCGCCAAAGCCGAGUCAUAUCCGAAUGCUGUGAGGUGCGGAGCCUUUGGCUAUCCAAUACCUGAUGCUACUCUAGCAGUGGUAGAUCCGGAGUCUGGUCUAAUAUGCAGUCCGAACUCUAUCGGUGAGAUCUGGGUGGACUCACCUUCACUCUCAGGCGGGUUCUGGGCACUGCCUAGGCACACCGAGACGAUAUUUCAUGCACGUCCCUACUGCUUCAAAGAGGGAAAUCCAACGCCGACAGCCAUUGACCCGGAAUUCCUUCGAACCGGCCUGCUUGGCUGCCUCAUCGAAGGCAAAAUCUACGUACUCGGAUUGUAUGAAGAUCGUCUGAGGCAAAGAGUCGAAUGGGUCGAAUCUGGUCUCGCGGUGCAGGAACACCGCUAUUACUUCGUUCAACAUCUCAUUCUCACUAUCAUGAGGAAUGUGCCCAAGAUUCAUGACUGUUCAGCAUUUGAUUGUUUUGUGAAUGACGAGCAUCUUCCAAUCAUCCUUCUCGAGUCGAUCUCCGCUUCGACUGCUCCUGUAUCGUCAGGAGGUCCUCCGAGGCAACUUGAUAUUGCCUUGCUUGAAUCCCUAGCCGACCGGACAAUGGAAGUGUUGUAUCAGGAACAUCACCUGCGAGUAUACUGUGUUUUGAUCACGGCGCCCGGGGUUCUGCCGCGGGUAACGAAGAAUGGUCGACGGGAAAUUGGCAACAUGCUAUGCCGUAAAGAAUUUGACAACGGCUCGUUGCCAUGUGUACAUGUCAAGUUUGGCGUCGAACGAGCCGUCCAAAAUCUACCAUUUGGGGAAGACAUCAGCGGUGGGAUCUGGUCUGCAAUCGCGAGCGGUGCUCGAACACAACUCCUCUACGACCAGGAGACGCAAUGGUCAGGUGUCGAUCCCAGAGAAGUCGUUAUUGAUGAUCGAACGUCCACGGCCCUAAGCAAUUUUACAAACAUUUUCGACCUCAUGCAAUGGCGAGUGGCCAGGCAGGCCGAUGAACUUGCAUACUGCACAGUCGAUGGCAGGGGUAAGGAGGGAAAGCCGCUCACCUGGAAAAAGUUCGACCUACGAGUGGCGGCUGUGGCAUUGUACUUGCGGAACAAGGUGAAGAUCAAGCCAAGCGACCAUGUUGUUCUGAUGUAUACCCACUCCGAGGACUAUGUCUUCGCGCUUUAUGCUUGCAUGGUCCUAGGAGCAAUCGCCAUUCCGCUCGCGCCUUUGGAUUCGAAUCGACUUUCCGAAGAUGCACCAGCUUACCUUCACAUUGUCGCGGACAUGGGUGUGAAAGCGGUUCUCUGCAAUACCGAGGUCGAUCAUCUUUUUAAACAAAAACCCGUUUCGCAGCAUCUCAAACAAUCCGCACAAUAUCUCAAGACCAAUAUUCCCAACGUGUACAACACCACAAAGCCCGCCAAGCAGUCACAUGGCUGUAGAGACCUCGGUCUCACCAUGACUCGUUCCUGGGUAUCACCUUCCAAUCCUGUCAUCAUUUGGACCUACUGGACACCAGAUCAACGCCGAGUCUCUGUCCAGCUAGGACACGAUACGAUCCUUGGAAUGUGCAAAGUUCAGAAAGAGACUUGCCAGAUGACGAGCUCAAAGCCUGUCCUGGCCUGUGUUAGGAGUACUAUUGGCAUUGGCUUUCUUCAUACGGUCAUGAUGGGUGUCUACAAUGGAAGUACUACCUACUUGAUAUCGCCACUCGACUUUGCUCAAAAUCCUGGUUCCUUAUUCCAAGCAUUGUCGAGGUAUAAAGUCAAGGAUACAUACGCCACGAGUCAGAUGCUGGAUUUCGCCAUGGGUCACGUUGCUGGCAAAGGCUAUUCCUUGCAUGAGCUUAAAAACUUGAUGAUAAUCACAGAGACUCGGCCACGUCUCGACCUCUUCAUCAAAGCAAGAACACAUUUCGCACAAACCGGUCUCGAAAGAACGGCUGUCAACACGAUUUACACGCAUGUUCUCAAUCCGAUGAUAGCGUCUCGUAGCUACAUGUCCAUUGAGCCCAUUGAGCUUUGGCUUGACCUACGAGCUCUCCGAAGAGGCCUUAUAUAUCCAGUCGAUCCGGACACCGAUCCAACAGCGUUAUGUAUUCAGGAUUCGGGAAUGGUUCCCGUGGCUACGCGGAUAGCUGUCGUUAAUCCGGAGACUUGUCAAUUGUGCCACGUCGGCGAAUAUGGCGAGAUAUGGGUGCAGUCCGAAGCAUGCGCGAAAUCGUUCUACAUGUCCAAGCAAACAUUCGACGAGGAAAGAUUCAGUGGCCGCAUUGCGGGAGGCGAUCCAAAUCAGACCUAUGUCCGCACAGGUGAUUUGGGCUUUUUGCACAAUGUCACGAGACCAAUAGGUCCAGGCAAUCAGCCUGUCGAAAUGCAGAUCCUGUUUGUGCUGGGAAGUAUUGGAGAGACUUUCGAGGUCAAUGGCCUCAAUCAUUUCCCGAUCGACAUCGAAAAUAGCAUUGAAAGAUGUCAUCGAAACAUUGCACCGGGCGGUUGCGCCGUGUUCCAAGCUGGUGGAUUGGUCGUGGUCCUGGUCGAGGUCUUCCGCAAGGCAUACUUGGCCUCUAUUGUACCGGUCAUUGUCAAUGCUGUCCUCCAUGAACAUCAAAUCAUCGUUGACAUUGUCGCUUUUGUUGGUCAAGGGGACUUUCCUCGGAGUCGACUGUCAGAGAAGCAACGGGGCAAGAUCCUGGCGUCGUGGGUGACCCGAAAAUUGCGCACCAUCGCUCAGUUUGGUAUCCGGGACCCGGACGGUCCAGACUCACAGGACUUUGGAAUACCCGCAGAGCGGAAAUCCACGAGCAUAAUCACGAAGACUCUCAGUCACCAGGGCCAAACAAGGAUGUCAGUGGCCUCGGAGUCGCAAAACAGCAUACAGCCAGAUAGACCAGUCGGCCGCUCCAACCCAGCCCCAGAAUUGCCAUUUUCGCUGCCGCCCAAUCAUUACCAGAUCGAUCCUACAGGACUCUACGACGAGAGAGAAGCGCAGGCCGGUGAAAAGAAUGGAGGAGUUUCUCUGACUGACAGGCCCUACACUCUUCCAGAGGGUGCUGUCGAGAUGCCAACGAUGAAUUACAAUGACGACGAUGAAAAGAACAAUCCCUAUAUGACGGACGAGAAGUUCUUCGACCCCAAUGCGGAUUCUGUGGAGCUAGAAAGGCAAUUUGGGGAGUAUUCCCGUUCUGGGUCACAACUCGACAUCGACCAAGGAGGGCCUCCUCGACUUUCUCUCGUCAAUCCGGAUCAGUACUCUUCGAAUGGGAGCAACGAAAACACUCCCACGUCGUAUACAGCUACUGCAACGCCAACUUCGGCACUCCCUCUUGCUUCCAGCUUGGAUAAUCAGGAAGCAGACUUGGAGAGUCCAUAUCAAGACCAGGGCAAUCCCUUCCGGAACUCCAUACCCGCAUCCGUCCCGAGUUUUGACUUUGUUGCGCCUAUGCGCAGUCCGGCUCGGGAUCAAAAGACGGGCGUCUCUGCGGCUUACAAUCAAGUUACUUCUCCCACGCUAGGAGGACGUGCUUUGCUUCCAAGCCAACAGGCGCGACAUCCUAAUCCUGAUGUGCCCGAACCGUUGCGGACAUCGAGACAAGCCUCUGGUCAGUCUGGAGUUUCUUACGAGGCGCAAGACUUGCCUAGAGAAGCAUUGGCAUAUGCGUCGGCUUAUGACGGGAAGCCUUCUCCAGAGAGUCAGCACAGAAAGAAUUUACUUCACCCUGAGGAGGAGCGACAAAAUGUGGAUAUGACUAGUGUUGCUGGCAGUAUCAGAAGACGUUAUGAUGGAAGUGGCUAUGAUGACUAUGACUAUUGAGCGUGAUGAGGAAUUGGGAUUGUGGGACAUGUAAAGAAUACGAGCAGUUGUGAGACGAAAUGGCCGGUCUGCUGUUAGUGACUGGCCAGCUUUGUGCAUAUGAAAAGCAGAAUGAAGUGACAUGAAUAAACAAUGAGAUUGUUCCUCGUAACUCAUGACUUGUGUCGUGAGGAUCCGCCAGCAUAUGCGCGUGUCGAGUAUGUGGCACUCUGCUUACUAGGUACUACACGUCUUCUUUGUCGUAAAGUACGGUACAUUCCAAGAAGCAUUGCGUUGCACCGAGCAAGGCUGCCCAGGGACGG